AUGAACGGCUCCUGCCCCGAUGACUGGCUGCGUGGGGCCGAGUCCGCCCAGUACGCCUACCUGGGCCUGCUGCUGGCGCUGGGCCUGCUGCUGAACGCCCUGGCGCUCUGGGUGCUGUGCUGCCGCCUGCGCCGCUGGACGGAGACCCGCGUCUACAUGGUCAACCUGGCCUCGGCCGACCUCUGCCUGCUCUGCACCUUGCCCUUCAUGGUCUACUCGCUGACGGGCCGCGCGAGCACAGGGGACACCAUGCUGUGCCAGGUCUCCCAGAGCGUCUACCUGGUCAACAGGUACAUGAGCAUCAGCCUGAUCACAGCCAUCGCCGUGGACCGCUACGUGGCCGUGCGGCACCCCCUGUACGCCCGCAGGCUGCGCUCCCCGCGGCAGGCGGGGGCCGUGUGCGCGGCCCUCUGGGUGCUGGUGGCCGGCUCCCUGGGGCUCCGCUGGGCCCUGAAGGACCGGGAGGGCGGCUUCUGCUUCGGGAACCCCUCCCGGCAGCACCCCAAGACCGUGGUCUUCUCCCUGCUGGGCUUCUACCUGCCGCUGGCCGUGCUGCUGCCCUGCUCCCUGCAGGUGGUGGCCGCCCUGGGCCGCAGGCCGGCCUCCGGGGCGGGCCAGGCGGAGGCCUCCCGCAGGGCCGCCCGCAUGGUCUGGGCCAACCUGGCCGUGUUCGUGGUCUGCUUCCUGCCCUUGCACGUGGUGCUGACGUGGCGCCUGGCCACAGGCCUGAGCAGCUGUGCCAUCGACUCCGCCCUCCUCAUCACCAGCAAGGUCUCGGACGCCAACUGCUGCCUGGACGCCGUGUGCUACUACUACAUGGCCAAGGAGUUCCAGGAGGCGUCCGCCCUGGCCAGCGGCCCCGGCGUCAAGGCCCAGAGGAGCCAGGGCUCUCUGUGUGUGACGGUGGCCUAGGGGACCAGCGUGGGGCGGGGGAGGUGGGGGGCCCGUGGCGC